UUAGGGUUGAAGAAACUGAUACAAAUAAGGUUAGAUUCUUUGAUAAUGUAAGUGUAAAUUCUGGUGGAUUGACUGGUUUUAGUGAUGUUGUUCAUGUUGCAUACCAGUUACCACCUAUUAAGAAGGUGAAUUUGACUUGGUUCAGUGAGACAGACCUAUUCUAUAUUGGUAAUGAUGAUGAAUUUUUUGAAAUGUGGGAUGAAGGAGUAGUUGAAGUUGAUGGGUAUAUUCAUCUGUACAUGAAUGUUACAAAUAGGAGGGUUCCUCUUAGUGAUGAAUUCCUUUCCAGUUCUUGUUUGUCAGUUUCAAAGAGUCUCUAUCAACACAUGAGAAAGUGAAGAGUACAUCAGUACAUCAAGGUUACACAUUGAAAGAGGUGCAGCAGUAGUGACUCUUGACCCGGCUAGUCUUUUAACACCUAAGAAGAGGAUCUUGUAUAGUAAAUCUCAUGAGUUAUUAAGGAGAAGUCCUAGACUGUUGAAGAAGUACAUUGAUACAGUAAAAGGAAGUUUGGGUAGUGCCAGUGGUAAGAAGUUAUUUGUUAAUGUGGAUGAUGAUGAGGUUGUGGAUGCUGAAAUAUCAGAUAAAGCAAGACAGUUACUGUUGGAGUAUGAAAACAUACAACUCAGAAAUAAUGAACCAGAUGACUGUCAUCUCAUUUAUGAUUGUAGAAGUCCAGUGGACGAUGAUGCAGAGUUGGGUAUUGAAGUGUAUACUGAUUUUGUGAACAACUACUUUGGUGGAAUGGACUCUUUUGAUUUCCUACAUCCACAACUAUAUAAAAAAAAGGGAAACGCAUAUGAAGCAUCAAAUGAUAAUAAUUGUGGUGUUACUGAGGAGUAUGACCCUAAAGGAAAAGCACCAAUAGUUGAUGUACCAUCUGAUGCUGAUAGUGAUGAUACUUCUAGUGGCUCUGAUUCUGAAGAUGAUGAAAGGACUUUAUCAGUUCAAGUGCUUGCAGAGGAUGAUGGUAAUGAAACAGUAUGGUUCAAUCGGUACAAGAAAGUUUGGGGGGCACAUGUAGAAGCUGCUCAAAGACUAACUGAAUUUGAUGAUGACACUGGUAAUACUGAGCAAUUUGUGGAUGUUGAUACCAUGUUUGUGUGUUUUUUGGUGGCAGUUAUUGCAACAGUUACUAUCUGGUUGAUACUCUGAGAGCUACUUAUGCUCCUGAGAUGGGUUUAUUGCUAGGCAGAGAAGAAUGGGAUGAGCCAGAAGACAGUUUCAAAAUGAGACCUCCUAUUGACAUCAUAAAAUCAGGAAGACCAUGUAAGAAGAGAGAGAGAGCUUAUGAUGAGGGUCACACAUAGAAGAAGGUUAGAAGUUGCACAAGAUGCAAGACAAUUGGGCACAACAGGAGAACAUGUGCUGAUGCACCUGUUGGAUCUAAUCCAAAAGGAAAGAGGCAUAGAACCAUGGUUCAAGGAGGAUCUCACUCUACUUCUUAUCCAGAUACAGCUGAACUUAGUACCAGUAGGAGAGGCAAUAGAGCUACAAGAGGAACAAGAGGGAGAGGAGCUGCUUCAUAUUCAUAUGCUGCUGCUGCAUUAUCUACUCAACCUACACAUGCUUCUGCUGCAUCAUCUUCUCAACCUACACAUGCUGGUGCUGCAUC